AUGCUUGCAGUGUGUCGCGGCAUUCAGCAGUUCGAGGAGACACCCCAGUACACCGAGGUGAAUCCCAUGCAGGACGCGAAGCUGAUCUGUCGCGUGCUCGGCAAACGGGGUCAAUGCAUCUGGCAAAAGGAUCAAAAGCCAAUCGGCAUGCACUUGAAGAAGUACGAGUGGGUGGGCUCUCCGGAUAUCGGCGACUGCUCGCUAUGGGUACGCUCGGCGACCCUGGAGUUCGACGACGGACUGUGGCAGUGCCAGGUCACAGCCAGUGACUUCACAACGCAAGACGCGUUGGCAUCCGAGCCGGCGAGGCUGGUCGUCAGGGUUAGUCCUAGGCGACCGCAGAUAGAGUACGCGGAUCGUCUAAUUCUACCCGGCAGCAACGUGACAGCCCGAGCAGGUGAGAUCGCUACGCUCACUUGCAGAGCGCGGUAUGGGAAUCCUUCGCCUCUAAUUAAAUGGUACGUGGGCGAGACCGAGCUGAGGACUCUGAGGCCUCAGGUAAACUCAACGGAGAUAGAUAAUCCCCGGACUUGGGCGACGUACAGCAUCUGCGAGAUUAUGGCGGAACGGUCACGUUACGGACAGCCGAUUAGGUGCGUCGCGAUUCAUCCGGCGUACGCGAACCCGACCAUGUCCUCCAGCACGGAAGUGAGAUUCGACGUACGAUACGCGCCCGAAACGAGACUGGUCGGCGUACCGACCGGCCAGCUGGAAGAAGGUCGAGAUCAACUGGAGAUUCGAUGCCUGGCCGACGCGAAUCCACCGGCUUCGAUCCUCUGGAGGAAAACAAAGAGCCUCGGUGUGACGGAGGUGGCGAGCAUAGGGGAGUCCCUGCUGUUCUCGCCGAUCUACAGGAAUCACGCGGCGGUCUAUAUCUGCGAGGCGGCGAACACCGAGGGUGAAAGCAGCCCCGUGUCCGUUCAAGUAUCUGUGAACUAUCCACCGACGAUCAGCUCGGUCGGACCCGAUCGGCUGACUACAGCGCUCCUCUUUUCCGGCGCUUCGUUCGAGUGCAACGCCGACUCAAUACCGCCGGCUGAAUACAGAUGGGCCCAGAUCUUCGCCGACGGCCGGAUGCCAAUGGAGUGCGGCACCGGGCAGCGAUUGAUCCUGACGAACGUUACGUACGAGCAGCAGGGUCAAUACAUAUGUCUCGCCUCGAACAAGAUCAACGGGAACGUCAGAGAAGUUAAAAGCGACCCUGUGUCUCUGCAAGUGGUCGGCGCGCCCAGGGUGGUAAAGCCGGCCAUCACCGAGAAGUUUGUCGUCGCGACGACCGAGGGGAGCCCGGCGAAAUUAGAAAUCCGACUGUGCUCCGACCCGAAGCCCCGGCUGGUGGCCUGGGAAUGGGGCAGCACCAGACUCCACGCCGGUGAGGUCCUCGAGUCACGGUAUCGAGCCCUGGAUCUAGAGCCAUUGGCGGUGGAGGACUGUUACACAGCCGUUUUGGAGCUGACCAGCACGGUCAAGGAGGAUCAGCGGUUGUACCACGUAAUCGUUGAAAACGAGCGAGGCAGCGAUCGUCGGGCGUUAAUGUUGAGAGUCGACGAACCGGGCCAGAUUCCGCUCGUUAUCGGCGCUGUAGCUGGGUUUACGGUGCUCUCCGUCCUGAUAAUGGGAUUCGUUUGUUUCCUACGUUCGGAUAGAUGCUGCGUUGCCAGGAAUACGGUACCUGCGCUACAGCAAGUGCAUUGUACAAAGGCCUCGAACACGAUGAUCGAGGAUCCACGUUUGGCCGUGGAGACGAUGGAACGUGGCAGCCAGCAGUACGCCUCGGAAAAACGGCCCAAUCACGUUCUGAAGCCGGUCCCGUCGCAACAGUACCAACAGGAGUGUUAUCAGCACGAUCCGCCGCCGCACCCCCAGCAACACUAUCAGAGGCAUCAUCAUCACCACGGGCAACACCACGGACCACAAUACACUCUUCAGGGGGAGCAGCUGUUUCUCAAACCAGAUCGUUUAGCGACACUGAAGCCCCACUGCAAGAUCGAGAAGCCGCCACAGUACACGACGUUCAAGCCGAGCUCGAACAACUGAAGAUUUUGCUAUUUCUAUUUUCUAUCGAUGUACACACGCAAAAAAAGAAACA